AUGGCCGUCCCAAAGCAGCCGGACCCCUCGCAGGCUCGAAACUUGGGGGGCGAAUGCCUCUCUGACUACAAAACCUUGACUCCGGAUUCCCCAGUCGGGUCGUGUACUCCAGACCGAGCAUCCCGCUCCUCCUUCUCGUCCAUAAGAGAGACAGAUUCGGAUCUCGCCCAGACCUUCACCUCCUCCAAGGUAUCCUCCUCCCUGACAUUUGCCGACGACGACGCCGUGGAACAACCCUCUGCCCAGCGAGGCGCAAUGGUCGAGACCCAUUUCUCGCCCCCCUUGACUCACCCGGACAGCAGACUCCAUGGCUACUGGUCACCGGCCGAGAGUUUCAUGGGAUGGAAGAAGAUCAACGUGCGAGGCAAGCUGGCGAGCAAGAGUUUUGGGGACCUGCAGAUGCUGAAGUUGGCCUGGAACGCCACUCCCAAACCCCCCAGACGAAGGGGUGCCGACGCUCCCGGAGAUGCUCCCUUUGAGAAGCUGCCCAUAGAGCUCCUGGGCUCUAUCAUCAAUCUGCUUGUUCUUGAUAUCCCUCCCAAUGGGCUCACAAGACGCAAUGUUGACCUGAUGUCUCUCUUGUUGACGUCCAAGACGGUGCAUACGGCGACGCUGAGCACCCUGUACAGCAAGAUUACCAUUCCUCACUCUAGGAUUUUCCAGAAAUUCCUCUCGCACAUCUCGAGCCACCCUGCCCUCGGGACUAUCGUUCGGCGGCUGGACUUCUGCCACUUUAACCCCGCCCAGCUCUUCUCCACAGCAGCCGAGCGGUCGCAAGCGAAGAACCUGACCGCAGCCACCCUUGUCCAAUGCCUGGAGCUCACUCCCUACCUCCAGGAAUUCUUGGCGCAGGAGUAUCUUGACGACGACCUCGAUCCGCAUGUGCUGCACAAAUUGUUCCUGGGCCUUCCCAGGCUGCAGGCAGUGGACUUUUGCGGAUGCUCCUCCGCCUCCUUCAAGGACUCGUUCACCUCCAUUCUGAGUCUCGAAUGGCCAGCCCACAUCUCCAUCACCCGGCUAUCUCUCCACAAGUGCCUGACCCUCCCCUCUUCCGUCUUCGAAUUAAUCCUCCCUCGACUCCCCAAUCUCACGCAUCUCGAUGUGGCUGGCACUCGCUUCACCAACAAGGCCCUCGAGUCGAUCCCGGCCACCGCCAGGAUCAGCCACCUGAAUCUGGCCAAGUGCAAGCUCCUGUCGGCGAGGACAGUGAUCGAUUUCCUGGCGACCCACCCGGCGGUGGCGGCCGGGCUCGUCUUCCUCUCCCUCGCGACGGACGCCAGGAGCCACCAGCUCCUCGACGCCGACGACCUCGCCGAGCUCGUGCCCAUUCUGCCCCAGACGCUCAAGUCCCUGAGCCUGAAGGGGAGCAAGAUGGACAAGUCGCACAUCAACCUCCUCCUGCCGCUGACCAAGCACCUCGAGGAGCUGGCGCUGGGCCGCGGCCUCAAGAUCGACGACGUCAACGGCCUGUUUGUCCCGGACGAGGCCCUCGGCGUGGAGGGCCAGCUGGCCUGGGUCCCGCACACGCUCAAGUACGUCGACCUCUCCGACUUCUGGGGCAGCGAGCUGGACCUGAGCUUCCUCUUCGGCCCCAGCUGCGCCAUCCUGACGCGCUUCUCGGAGCCGCUCGACGUCGUCGAGGUCGCCGACGACGUGUCCCGCCGCCUCGCAAAGUCGCCCGCCACCAUCGCGCGCGUCGGCUGGCGCACCUCGGAGUGCGGCAGCAGGACCUGGCUCGUCCGCCGCGCCGACGAGGGCGGGGGCCGCGCCGGCUGCUUCGGUGGCAACGGCGGGCCCCGCGACGACGGCGUCCGCUCCUGGAAGAUGGGCGCCGAGUCCUGGGGCAUGAGAAAGAUUCCCGUCGCCAGGGCCGAGGUCGGCGGCAUGUACGGGUCGUUCAUGUUUGGGCGGAAGCUAUAA